UGAGGGCGGCGCAGGCGGCGCUCGGUGCCCGCCCGGCCCCGCGCCCGCCAUGAACUCGCUGGAGCAGGCCGAGGAUCUGAAAGCUUUUGAAAGAAGACUUACUGAAUACAUUGCAUGUUUGCAGCCAGCUACAGGACGUUGGAGAAUGAUUCUGAUAGUGGUAUCAGUCUGCACAGCCACUGGUGCUUGGAACUGGUUAAUAGAUCCUGAGACACAAAAGGUGUCAUUUUUCACAUCACUUUGGAACCAUCCAUUUUUCACAAUUAGCUGUAUUACCCUAAUAGGCUUGUUCUUUGCUGGAAUACAUAAAAGAGUGGUGGCACCAUCAAUUAUAGCAGCCCGAUGUCGAACUGUUUUGGCAGAAUAUAAUAUGUCCUGUGAUGAUACUGGAAAGCUAAUUUUGAAACCUAGGCCUCAUGUUCAGUAAGGCCCAUCUUCCUUCAGUUUUUUCCACUGCCAUGGAAACCAAAAAUGACCUUUUUUCAAGAUAGUAUGACAGCAAAAACCAAACAGGACUGGUUGUCAUUACCUAGGAGCAAAAGUCUUAUACAAUUGACAGUGAAAGUGUGCAAUAUUGCUUUCUUGAAUAUUUCUCCAAAUUUUUUGUUAUCAUAUGAUCAGUGCUCUUGCUACUUCUGAUUACCUCUUUUUUCAGUAUUAGUGUCACUUUUUUACUUCAGCUAGAACAAAACAUACCAGUGAUGUAUGUUAAUUGGUUAUGAAGUUGAACUUGAAGAUCAAACCUCAUUUGUGUUACGUGUCUUUGUAAACUACUGUAAAUAGCAGAACAAUGCCAAUGUUCAGAGGAAAAAAAAGUAAUAAUUGCUGUAUGGAUUUUUGUUGUUGUUCUCAUGAACAGUAUUGAAAGGAACACUUACCAUUCCCAUGACUUUUUCUUAGCACACUUACUCAUUACAGCUAUCCUUGUUUCCUGGUCACUGCUUUUGGAACUAAAAGGUUUGCAGAAAGACUGCUCAUGCUGGAGAAAACUGGUCUUUUUGUUUAAGAACUUCGCAAAUAGAUGGAGGAGCACAUUUGUGAAACUGUACACAUAGUGCACUAGCCACUUUCCUUGUGGUCAUGCGUAGCUCGUUCAAUCUGGCUCACGAGACUGCUGUUUUAACCAGAUUUUAAUGUUUUAAAGAUUGUCUUAAAUAUGCUUGCAUCUUUCUGAUUGUACAAUUGUACUGUAUCUAAAUUCCCCAAGAUGCUGGGUGGGUUUUUAUGCUGUGAUAGUCUGAAUAUGAAAGUAGUCUUGGAGGUGUUUAACUUUGGAUACAAAUUAUUUGGCGAAGUAAAUAUAAAUGGUGCCACAAAAUAACAGAACUUGUUAUUU